GAAAAUUUGAAUUUCUGUUUUGUCAUAUCUUAGGUUAUUUAUCAUAUUUAAAAAAUCAUCUCGAAAUAAAAACAAAAUUAUAGUAGAAAUGGUACACAUGCAGCAAAUUAGUCAAAUCAACGUAAUACCUGUAUUAACAACAAUUUACUCUUCAAGAAGUUUUUCAAGCUACUGUAAUAAACAAUUAUCCUCCAAAUCAAUUAGGAAAUAUUUUUUAGACUUUUUCAUAAAUGAGAAUAAUCACAAAUAUGUAAAAUCAAGUCCAGUCGUACCUUAUUGUGAUCCAACUGUGCCAUUUGUAAACGCUGGAAUGAACCAGUUUAAAGGAAUUUUACUUGGUACUCAAGAACCAAAAUACAAAAGAGUUGCAAAUUGUCAAAAAUGUAUAAGAGUAGGAGGAAAACAUAAUGAUCUAAAUAUUGUGGGAACAGAUGGCUAUCAUCAAACAUUUUUUGAAAUGCUUGGAAAUUGGUCUUUUGGAGAUUAUUUUAAGCCAGAAGCCUGUAAAUUAGCAUGGGAGCUUAUCACACAAGUCUAUAAAUUACCAAAGAAAAGACUCUAUGUAACAUACUUUAAAGGAGAUGAAAAGUUGGGUUUAAAGGAAGAUUUAGAAACAAAAGAGCUCUGGAAAGAGUUAGGUGUAAGUGAAGAUAGGAUAUUACCAUUUGGUGUGGCAGAUAACUUUUGGGAAAUGGGCCUUGUUGGACCAUGUGGCCCUUGCACUGAAAUUCAUUAUGAUCAUAUUGGUUGUGAUAAUAGGGCUGAAUUUGUAAAUAAAGGUCUACAUGAUCUCAUAGAAAUAUGGAAUGUGGUAUUCAUUCAAUACAAUAGAUUACCCGAUGGCAGCAUAAUGCAACUUCCAAAGCAGCAUGUAGAUACUGGUAUGGGUUUUGAAAGAAUGACAUCAGUACUGCAAGGAAAAAUUAGUAAUUAUGAUACCGAUAAUUUUAAGUAUUUAAUGGAUGCCAUAACAAAGAAUUGUAGGGGUGUGCCAAAAUAUGAAAGCCUGUUCGGUGAAAAAGAUUGGAAUGAUUUGAAUAAAUCAUAUAGAAUGUUGGCAGAUCACAGUAGGAUGAUCACUGUUGCACUAGCAGAUGGAGUCAUACCCGAGGAAAAUCAAAAACUUAGAAGAAUUAUGAGGAAAGUAUUUAUUCUCAGUGAGACUGUAUUUAAAAAAGAAACUGGUUUACUUAGAGAAUUAACUAAUUACAUAGCAGAAAAUUUGGAAUCUGUAUAUCCAGAAAUGAAAAAAAAUCUCUCUCAGAUUCAUCAAAUAAUUAAUUACGAAGAAGAAGUUUACAAAAAUCUACGCCGAUCUGCUGCAAAAGAUUGGCAGAAAUGUAUACAGGAAAAUCCGAAAUUACUAGAACUUGAUAUUAUAGAAAUUCAUAAUUUUGCAAGCGCUUACAGAGAUAUCACUUCGAGUACUAUAAAAGAAAUAGAUGCCAAAACUGCAUUUCGUCUCUACGAUACUCAUGGUUUAGACGAAGAAAAUAUUACUAAAUUGGCAAUAGGACUUAACCUAAAAUUUGAUGCAAAAGAUUUCAAAGAUCAAUUAGAGUUAGUGAAACUAAAUUCAAAGAAGAAAAAUUUUACUUAUCAGUCAGAUAUUUAUUCCUAUCUAUCGAAUGAUGGAGUACCAAAAACAAAUGAUAGCUACAAAUAUUCUUACAGAAAGCUUGAAGACUAUGGAUAUUUAUUCGAGACAAUUCAAACUAGAAUCUUGAAGAUAUUUAAGGAUUCUCAAAGUAUAGAUAGGAUCCGUUGUCAUGAAAAAUGCUCGUUGGUAUUAAACAAAACGAAUUUUUAUACAGAAUCCGGAGGCCAAGUAUCUGAUAAAGGUAAAAUAUAUUUCCAUCAUGGUAUAUUUGAUGUCGAAUCUGUACAAAAUUUAAAUGGUUACAUACUGCAUAAUGGUGUCUAUAGAUCGAACAGUUUAAACGAAAAUGAUAUCUUAAAAUGUAACUCUAUAGGUAAGAUCGAAGUAGAUCUGCCUUUUAGACUCAAUUGUAUGAGAAAUCAUACUUCGGUGCAUCUUCUGAAUGCAGCUUUAAAGAAAAUUAAAACUGCUACAUGCCAAAAAUCUAGUAAAGUUACAGAUUCUUUUCUGAAUUUGGAUGUUGCAAUUUUUGGUGAUAAAUUAUCUAAUGAUGAAAUUCGCCGAUUAGAAAAAGACAUUGUGAAUGUUAUUAAGAAAGGUGAAGAUGUGAACGUUUACGAGAUUGAUAGUCAAGAUUUAUUACAAAUGAAGAAUGUAACACUAAUACCAGGUGAAAUUUAUCCUGAAAAUGGAAUAAGGCUUGUUGAAAUAAACAACGAUGGAUUCUUAUCAAGAGAACCUUGUUGUGGCACUCACGUUUUAAAUACAUCAGAUAUAGAUGAUUUUUGUCUAACAAAUAUUAAAUCAUUAGGAAGGAGUACUACUUCUCUUACAGCCAUUACAGGAGAAAAAGCACGGCGUGCUAAGCAAAAUGGUGCUCAGUUAUUAGAGCAAAUAGAGUCAUUUUCCAAACAUGUUGAUGAUAACAUGGACAAGCUUCCAGUACUUAAUAAACUACUAGAAACCCUUAGAAAAAAAUUAAGCAGCCCAGAAGAGCCGUUUAUGCUUCCAUUAAUUUAUAAAAUAGAAUGUACAGCUAUACUUGAUGAGAUUAACAAAAGAAUCCAGUCUGUCGAAGCGGAAUCUUUAAACGACUUUAUAGAAAUAGAAAUGAAAAACGCAUUAGACACAGGAGUUAAAUUAACAAAAAAUAAUAAAAAAUAUCUAAUCCAUUAUUUACGAAGUUCUUUGAUACUUGAGAAGGUGCCGUUACAAAAAGCGACCAAAUUAUGCCCCGAUUAUCCCGUAUUGGUAAUUUCGUAUGCAGACAAUACUGUAAAAGCAAGAUGUUGUGUUCCAAAGAAUUUCAAGACUGAGAAAUUCAACGCUGAAAAAUGGAUGAAUGAAACUGUAGCUACAGUAUUUAGAAGUCGCGUAACCCCCUCUAGAGGUCAGGAUGGUACUUUGGUAUGUAAUAUGAAGGCAAAACGAGUACACAUUCAAGAAUGGGAUCCACUUCUUAAAGCCAGUUUACAAAAAGCACAAGAAUUCGUUGAGAAACAUCUGUAACUAGUUUUUUUUUAAAUGAUAAUUACUUCCAGUGAUUUGUUGGUACAUAUAACCCAUUAAGAAUAACAGUUUAAAACAAAAGUUAUGAAAUUCGUGAAUAUAUUAGUUGUUUUCUAUCUCGGUUUUGUUUUUGAGAACAAUAAAGCUCAAUUGGAUUUUUAA